AUGGGCGAGCGAGAGCGGUUGAAAGAGUUGCUCAGAGGGAAGCUGGUGGAGUGCGGGUGGAAGGAUCAACUCAAAGCGCACUGCAAAGAUGUCAUCAGAGAAAAGGGACUGGAACAUGUCACAGUGGAGGAUUUGGUAACAGAAGUCACACCAAAAGGCAGAGCGCUGGUUCCCGACAGUGUGAAGAAAGAGCUCCUACAGAGAAUCAGAGCGGUGGGGCCUCUGGGUGGGUGGUGUCUCUGGGUGGGUGGUGUCUCUGGGUGGGUGGUGUCUCUGGGUGGGUGGUGUCUCUGGGUGGGUGGUGCCUCUGGGUGGGUGGUGUCUCUGGGUGGGUGGGGCCUCUGGGUGGGUGGUGUCUCUGGGUGGGUGGUGCCUCUGGGUGGGUGGUGCCUCUGGGUGGGUGGUGUCUCUGGGUGGGUGGUGUCUCUGGGUGGGUGGUGUCUCUGGGUGGGUGGUGCCUCAGUCUCCUCCUCUCAGCUCCGGUCCAUAUACAGGUGCAGAAGCACCUUUGAGACAGAAGAGACUGAGCUCGACUCCCUUCAACAGAAAGUGUUUGAAGUCACUCCGUCGUACGGGAGCCGAGGGGGGGCCACGAGGGUCACCAUCCAUGGAGAAGGAUUUGCUCAGGAAUCCCAGUUUCAGCUGAAUCCAGCCAACAGUGACUUUGGGAACACCGUAAAACUGGUGUCGAACACGAGAGAGUACACCUGCGACGUGGAGAGAGACUCCACUCACGGAGACCAGAUCCAGUGUUACACCAGAGAGAUGCCGUACGGAGACUACUACGUCAAAGUCCUUGUGGACGGAGCGGUCAUUCCCAACAGAGACAUGUGCGGAGGACAGUGGUACACGUUCCCCUGUGUUUACCAGACAAACGGGCGUCACACUCCCAACAUACAAUUCAUCUACACACUCAGCAGUUUGCCUGGGGAAGUGGUGACGGCCCGAGCGGUGAUGUUCACUGACGCUUAUGGAAACAGCGACAAGAAAAACUCCAACACAAACAUCGACGCCAGAUUUCUGAGAGUCUACAUGGGUGGAAUGGUGUGUGAGCUUCUCAAACCAAACUCAGACGAACUGUAUGGGCUGAAGCUCGACCAUGAGAACUCAUGGAACGGCCACGUGAGCUGCAGAAUGACCGGAACAUUCAUCGGACACCACAACAUGAGCUUCAUUUUGGACGGAGGCUACGGAAGGAGCGUCCCGGACAGAUCGGCGCUGCAUGUUUCCGCCGCUAACAAGUUGGCGAUGUUCCAGACGUUUGCAGAGGUUACCGCGGUGACGCCGUCUGAAGGCAGCGUCCGAGGAGGCACCACCGUCACCAUCCACGGGCGCCACCUCGCCGACGCCACCAGCCACCCCCCCAAGGUCCUGAUCGGAGGUCUCCCGUGUCACAUCGAGGACGUUGCUGACGACAGGAUUCUGUGUAAAACUUCUGAAUAUCGACCGAAUGAAUUUGCAGAAAAUGGAGUCGGAGGCAGAGGUCUGCAGAUGCAGGUGUGGAAUAAGACGCGGCCCGGCUCCCUGAAGGACAUAUGGUCCUAUCACAGUAACACCAGUGGAUACUGGCAGCAGUGGGUCGACUCCACACCAUAUCGGUUCCAAACCGAGACGUUCUCGACUCGGACCAGAGGGUUCCUGGUUCCUCCACACACGGGGAAGUUCAUCCUGCACCUGCAGUGUGACGACCGCUGUGAGCUGUACAUGAGCAACUCCAGCCAACCACAGCACAUGGUAAGGUACUACAUUGAAAUGCUGCAGCAGGAUUAUGGAGGCGCCGCAGGCCUCACUCUGGCCAUGUUCACCAAUAAAAGCUCGUACACUAACACCCAGACGGCACACGCCAAACAGGAAGUCCAGACCAUUGUGGCCCAGUACCAGGUCCAAGACGAGACUCAGGAAAUCAGGUUUUCAUCUUGGAGCAGUAGAGCGUCUGUCCAAGAGGUGCAGAGGGUCUCUCUCAGUGGAGAAACCUACCUGUUCUUCAGCCUGGGCUACGGACCUGCGCAGACCGCUCCUCUCUCUGUGGGGGCCUCGGCGUCUCUAGUGAAGGCGGCGCUCAACGAUCUGUGGUCGAUUAAACCCGAUAAAGUGGACGUGUCUAAAAGCGAAGACGACGAAGGGACACACUUCACUGUGACUUUCAUCUCUGACCGCGGUGACUUUGCUCCUCUGACCUUCAACACCUUUGGGUCUGACCUGAACAUCAGUGUGGGGGAGGUGACCAAAGGAGAGAGCGACAGGAAGACUUUCACUCUCUCCUUGGAGGGAGUCUGCACCGAACCCAUCGCCUACAACGCCACAGAGGAAGAGGUGCAGGCGGCGCUGCAGGAGAUGCUGACGGCUCAGUGUCCGACUGACAUCGCUCCGUUUGAAGAUUCCAACGUGAAGUAUUUUCAAGACUUUGAAGAUGAAGACAACUCUCAAUUUGAAGGAACACCGGUGAAGAACGUGGCUUUCUGUGGUUCAUGGUCCAUGAAGAACUCCAAAACUAUUUUCAAAUCUUCUUACACUAAAUCGUCUGGGGAUCAAUACGGCCCUGUGUUACUGGACUCAUUCCCCUCGCUGUGUUUCGCCUACAAAGGGGCGCUGAAUGAUGAUGUCACAGUCGUGUUCAUUUACACCAGAGCAGAGGGAGGCACCAACUCAAGAACAGCCACCAUCGCUAAAACCUUUGAGGACGCUCCGGAAUGGAGAUACACGUGCAUGGACCUGCUCACUCCACUGCAAGGAGAGUACGCAGGACGACAAUACACUCUGAACAAACUCACUCUGAACUCUAACUCCGACUUCUUCAUCGAUGUUGUUCGCUUUGCAAAGUCUCCGAGCGCAUACGACUUCAACGCCGUUCUGUUGAAGAGGAAGCCGCCGCCCUUCGAGAGCUCUGGACGAUCCUUUGAGUCGGUCUCCGUCACCAAAGACAAUGAAACUAUGACGUACCACAUCGUUCUCAGGCCUGAAGACUGCGCCUCUGGAUUCCCCAUGAUCAAGGUGGACUUCAUGGAGAUUGUAAACCGCGGUGAGGACCAGGUGGAGUUUGGUGAAACAGGAGAGAACUGCACCGUGUCUCGCCGCCUCAGGGCCACGCCGCCGCUCCACGGUACCUUUGACCUGGAGAUUUACGGAGAACGCAUCGAAGGUCUGUCUGUGAACAUCUCGGAGGAGGAUCUAAAGUUUGCUCUGGAGGCGGUUCCUUCGUUUGGAACCGUCAAAGUCUCGUAUCAAGGAACGUGUCGCGAACCCAAGUGGAGAGUGGAGUGGGGGUCGAGACCCGGGAACCAGCCCCCGAUACACAUCGACAGCUCAAACGUCAUUGGCCCCGGCGUGAACAUGUUUUCCAAAGAGACUGUAGAAGGAGGGAUCUUAUUGGACAAACUAACGGGAGAUUACUUCCGUGUGAAGGAAACCAAACCACAGGCCCAAGUUUACAUCAACAACAUCAUCUCCAGGUGCUACGGGGACUGCAGCUUCAUGUGGAGCGCGGACAAGACGCCUGUGGUCACAGCAGUCAGUCCAUCUGAAGGGUCUGACGGUCUGAACACUCUCCUGACCGUGACGGGGACUGGGUUUGCGGAUGAGAAGGCGACCGUGAUGGUUGGAGCGGUGCAGUGCAACGUGACGACCACGACAGCCUCCUCGCAGGUCUGCCGUCUGGGCCGCUCCGUCGCCGGAACGUUCCCAGUGUCCGUGACGUUCCCGUCUCUCGGAAACUCAAAGUUCUCCGGAGACAGCGUCCUCUACUUCACCUACAAACUCAUCGUCUCGUCCUUCUCCCCGACGUCUGGAAGUCUGGCCGGAGGAUCCGUGAUUACAGUAAAAGGUUUUGGAUUUGGUUUGAACGCUUCGGUAAACGUUGGGAACAGGUCCUGUGCAGUCGUCGAUGCCUCUGAGACUGAACUGAGAUGCACGACGCCGCCUGGAGCGGCCGGUGCUGCAGCCGUGACUGUGACGGUGGGAAACCUCUCAGAGACGGCAUCAGACUCUUUCUCCUACGACAGCGAUCAGACGCCUCAGAUCUCCUCCAUCAGUCCCACCACCACCUCCGUCAACGGACGCAGAGUUCUGAGGAUCGAAGGGUCCAGUCUGGGGCCACAGCACAGGGACAGUGUAGUGACGGUGGGGGCAGAAGUGUGUGUUGUGUUGCAGUGGACACACACUAACAUCAGCUGCCUCCUGCCAGUGCUGCCCCCGGGGCCUCACCACAUCCACACCAACGUCCAGGGCUACGGACAUGCACAGCUCAGACUGAUCCUGGACCACAUCAGACUGAUCCUGGACCACAUCAGACUGAUCCUGGACCACAUCAGACUGAUCCUGGACCUGGACCGCAUCAGACUGAUCCUGGACCACAUCAGACUGAUCCUGGACCACAUCAGACUGAUCCUGGACCACAUCAGACUGAUCCUGGACCUGGACCACAUCAGACUGAUCCUGGACCACAUCAGACUGAUCCUAGACCUGGACCACAUCAGACUGAUCCUGGACCACAUCAGACUGAUCCUGGACCUGGACCACAUCAUACUGAUCCUGGAUCUGGACCACAUCAGACUGAUCCUGGGCCACAUCAGACUGAUCCUGGACCACAUUAGACUGAUCCUGGACCACAUCAGACUGAUCCUGGACCACAUCAGACUGAUCCUGGACCACAUCAGACUGAUCCUGGACCACAUCAGACUGAUCCUGGACCACAUCAGACUGAUCCUGGACCACAUCAGACUGAUCCUGGACCACAUCAGACUGAUCCUGGACCACAUUAGACUGAUCCUGGACCACAUCAGACUGAUCCUGGACCACAUCAGACUGAUCCUGGACCACAUUAGACUGAUCCUGCACCACAUCAGACCGAUCCUGGACCACAUCUGA